AUGAACCGAAUUUUCCUGCUCAUAUAUGUCGGACUUCAAUUUGCAGCCUCCAGCGUUGCAGCGCUUAAUAUCGCUAAAUCAACCUGCAUGGAUGUUGAAUUUUCAGCAGAUUUAAUAGAUGCCGCGCUCAAUGAAGGCUGUUAUGAAUUGCAGCAUUCACAAGAAGCUUCGUUGACCGGCCCUAGAGUGAUGAAAUACAACAGGCAGAGCAGGGAAUAUAGUUAUCCUAUCAACACUCUGAAUUACAGGGAGCAAAUAGCUGGCAGAUUCAUACCGUAUGUCAGCUACGACAGCAGUUGCGCGUUCAAAUCAUUUCUUUAUUCCCUGAAUAGAGAAAGUGGACCGCCUAGACACACUUGUGAAACCGUGCACAAUUAA